CUGAAGAUGCGGUCUUGGAUUGAUUAGGAUCUGCCCAUAUCUGUUUAUGUCUUGUGACUCAAGUGUGCACGCAUGUAACAUCACGUUCUCCCUAAAACAAAAAAAAAUGGGCAUCAUGUCAAUUUUCAGUGUUAACUGGCAGAGGUUCAAUCUGACACGCAAUUAGGCUGUAUCUUGGGUGUGCCCACUCAACUACAAACGCUUAAAAAGAGGGCCAACGUUUAGGUGGGUAAGUCAUUUGACCCAAGCACCACUGCUCAUUUUUAGACAUCGAUUCAAAAUGAGCCUCUCUGCUAACGACAAAGCAACUGUGAAGGCCUUCUGGGCUAAGAUCUCCCCAAAGGCUGAUGAUAUCGGAAAUGAGGCGUUGUCCAGAAUGCUCUAUGUCUACCCUCAGACCAAGACCUACUUCUCUCACUGGAGUGACCUGAGCCCCAGCUCUGCUCCUGUGAAGAAGCAUGGAAAGAAGAUCAUCACUGGAAUUGGUUUGGCUGUUGAGAAAAUCGAUGACCUCUUUGCCGGCCUGCUUACUCUUAGCGAGCUGCAUGCCUUUCAGCUGAGAGUCGAUCCUGCUAACUUCAGGAUCCUGUCCCACAACAUUCUUGUGGUGCUGGCCAUGCUCUUCCCUGAUGACUUUACACCUGAAGCCCACCUGGCCAUGGACAAGUUCCUUGCAAGACUGGCCUUGGCUUUGUCUGACAAAUAUCGUUAAGCAGUUUGAUAUUUGUUAACGCCGUUUGAAUGUUAUUUUGUCAGUUUGGUCGACAACAUGUCAAUAAAAACAAACAAACCGGGAGACAAUUAUCCUGUGCUUUUGGUUUCCCUGACGCAGAGCAAAAACUAAAUUCAUUUGCAAUACAUGCAAAUCUAAAACACAAAUCUAUAUAAAUAUGGGAUCAUAUGAAUUCCGUUAGAAUUGUGAAACUGUUUUAUAUCACUAAACUAAACAGCAGACAGGGCUGUGAA